CCUUUCUUUAAUGUGUAAGUCGGUAGAGCUCCGAUUUCAGAAGAUUCUGUCGAUCGGCAACACCAACAUCGAUUUUCUUCUUCUUCCACGUUGCUCUGCUACGCUUCUUCUUUCCACAAUUUCUGAGUUCGAUUCUCUCAAGCUGCUGAUAUUUAGGGCGGUAAAUUAGAAUGGCGAGCGAAUUUGGAGAAUCAACAAGCGUGCCAAAUCAAAACCCCUCUUCGUCCAGUAACAAUGAUAUUGGCGAUUUCGAAUGCAAUAUUUGUUUCGAGUUAGCUCAAGAUCCAAUUAUCACUCUCUGUGGCCAUCUCUUUUGCUGGCCUUGUCUGUAUAGAUGGUUGCACUAUCACUCACAAUGUCAAGAAUGUCCUGUUUGUAAGGCUCUUAUUGAGCAGGAGAAAUUGAUUCCUCUUUAUGGUAGGGGAAAGGUACCAUCUGACCCGAGAUUGAAGAGGUAUUCUGGUAUGGAUGUUCCGAGUCGCCCUGCUGGUCAAAGGCCUCAAACAGCACCUCCCCCUGUUGCUAAUGACUUUGCAAACUAUGGGUUUGGAUUCACUGGUGGCUUUAUGCCAAUGUCAACAGCAAGGAUUGGCAACUUCACCUUGGCGACUGCUUUUGGUGGUCUGAUCCCAUCUUUAUUCAAUAUCCAGUUUCAUGGAUUUCCUGAUGCUACAGUUUAUGGGACUACUUCUGGUUACCCCCCCUAUGCAUUCAACACAUUCCAUGGGGGUCAUGGCCACCAUUUUCAGCAACCGACGAGUCAAGGUCAGCAUGCUGAUAAUGUACUGAAAAACCUCCUUUUACUCGUUGGUGUCUUUGUGAUUCUUGCCUUGCUUUGGUGGUAGAAUGAUCUUUCAUUUUGGUUGAAAUAGCACAAGUGUAGAGAUUUCAUUUAGUGCUUAUGAAGUAGAUUUGCUAAUAUACAUAUGUGCAUGCUUGAUCUUACUUUCUGUGAGGUUCCCGUUUGUUCUUGUUAUUGAUAUCCCAAAUGACUUCUGGAUGUUUCUUCCUUUCCCACGAACCAGCCCAUAUUCAUCCCUUGCCACAGGAAAUUUCCUUCAACAGUAAUAAAGUUCAGCUGUAAUUUUAGUGA